AUGCGGCAGAGUCUAAUUUAUGCAGGGUUCUCUAUAAACAAACUGAAGGAAUUAUCACAUGCUGAGGAUUCCAAGAGAAGUCACCGCAUGAUAAAAUCAGGAAAGACAUCUGUAGAUGCUUAUCGCCAAGCUGGAAAAGGUCUUAGUCACUUCGGGGGCUACUUGAGUGAUUGGGGAUCCAGGACCAGAAGUGUCAGUAUAAAUGACAUUAGCGACAAGCUUGGAGUUUUAGUCAGUGAACUCGGUGAAAGCGAACUGGAGUUUGUAAAGCAGUUUGAUGAAAGCCGACUCAAGCUGAAAGGAAUUCGUGACAUGGAAGAUAGCAUCGCACCAUCAAGAGCACAUCGCCAACGACUAGUAGCAUCCAUUGAGAAAGAAGAAGAAAAGGACCCACUUUCUCCUCGUCUAAUAGACUUACAAAACCAAUUGGUUCGUACGGAAGCAGAAAACCUUGUUGGGGAAAUGCAACUCGAUAACAAGAUACGAGAAGUUAUGAAAUCGUCAUUCCAGCAAUUGAUGGAUGCGUUUCAGGUUCGAGCGCAGAAACAAAUGACGGUCGGUUACUAUUCACGGCUUUUAGUUGACAUGAUCAACGACGAUGUUGUCUACCCGGGUGAUAAUCCCGCAGCUUAUAAUAAAAAGAAUGCUGCUCAGAUCAUGCACCAGUGUAUGGAGUCUAUGUCCAGACUUAUGGCUCCGCUUUCCAUUGAUGAAAAGAAGUCCGAAGAUACUCAUAUGAAAGGUUCUUCUAGCUCACUUCAGCUUUCGGAGAGGGAUUGCUCUCCGACUGUAGAAAACGAGCAGAAUGUACUUCAAGUAAGAAAUGUUCCCUCUCAGAACUCUACAUCCAACGCAGAGACUUAUAAAGCACAACUUCUUUCCACUAUCGCAGCAGAGCAAAAGCAAAAAGAAUUACAAGCAAAGUCGACCGUUUUGUUGUAA